AUGGCUUUAAUCAACCUUUUUCUCGGUCUGCUAGUCAUACCGCCCACUAUUUUCGCCGCCGCUCCAUACGGCAACGUGCUUGCCUCCGAUGUUGCCAGGACAUACAUAGAUGACAUUGAGAAAUACUUCAAAAUCGCCCCCGAUAAUCCUCCCGCGUACAAGUUACGAUACGUCACGGAACCAACAUGCUUUGCGUAUUGGGGCAGCUGUGAUACAACCUACUUCCAUCUCAAAAAUACCUUCGUUAAUGGCACUGCUAAGGCUUUCUAUGUUCCAUACACGGAGUAUGAGAAUGCCAAUGUAUUCAGUGAAAAGAGUCAGAUGACUAUAACCCAGUCCACAGCUAUUGUACUUGGUACCUCCAAGGGAUGGAAUGCUGCCGCAAAGUGGACCGUAUCCGGGGAUGCCAGAGGACAAAAAGCCGCCUUAGAGGUUUCUGGGGGUUAUUCCAGCACGACCACAGGUACCACAACUACAACUAAAACCGUCUCCACCCAUGCAGAGUGUAGAUAUGGUUAUAUCUGCGAAAUUCAGACCUGGACUUUCCACGUCCUGAUUGAUGGAAUGUGCAAGACCAGGCCAUAUCUCAAUUGUGGUAGUGAGAAGGAUGCCUGCAAAAGAAGGGAUCGGAUUCGUUGCAAACAGCAACGAACAUAUAUCGACAAGUUUUGCAACCAUCAUAGACUAUCUACAAUGACUCCCUGCUCUGCAUCAAUGGUAGUUCGGAAUGCGGCGGGUGAGCCUUUUACUACACUGGCUCUUGUUUCUAGCAGAAUCAACUCAGAUGGCAUCCCUGCUACGGCCAAAAGGGACAAUCUUGAGGACCUUAUAGUCGAAAUCCUCAACUAA